AUGAAGAACGAUUGGGCUCCGCGUGAAGCGCUGUUGUUGUGCGUCACGGAGACUCGGUCGCGUUCCCCCACGCCUCGUGCGGCGACGGCCUCCCACUGUGAAGUCCAAACGACGACACACAACUUUCCUGCAUCUUGCGGCGGGGCGGACACUCGUCGAACCGUGCGUUCUACCGUAAAGAAGGUAAAGACGACGAUGCGUUGCAGCCUGGAGGUCUUCAUGGCCUUCGUCAGCACACCGCAAAAUCUGCAGUACCAGGAGGACGGGGUGCUGUGUAACGACGUGAUCGGCAAAAGGGGAGAGGCACUGCUGAUGCGCACCGUGUACCGGAACCAUCCCCCGCUGGAGGUCGUUACCCUGCGUGAAUCCAAGCUGUACCACGUCUCUGCGGCGGCUGACGCCAAUGAGCCGCUGCAACGUUUUUUAAAGACUGCCCUGGUGAGUGUUUCUCACGACGGCAGUGUGCCUAAAGCUGUGAGGCUACAGGGCGCUGCGUCUCCCGCGCUCCCUGCCACUGUGUACGUGGAUGCCGUUCACAGCGUUUCAGACGAGGGAACCGUGCCCGUGUCUGCUGCGACCGUGCGGGGGUGGAUCCACCUCUCUGCCUUUAUCGCAUACGAGAUGCCUGGGCCAUGCGUGCACCUCACGUUUGUGAGUGCCCUGGACGAACAAGUCGCCGCCGCCAUGGGACAAUGUGAAAAGAGGGUUGCACGAAUACGCAACCUAUGUGAGAUGCUGCAACAGAUGAUGUCAGGAGGAACACUAGCGCUUCUGCGGCAGCAGCAUCAGCAUCAGCAAGAGAAGCAAAUGAGCGGGAUUGAGCUUCUCGGCGGCGGUGGCUCCUCGGAACCCAGUGAACCGGCCCCUCAGGCACGACAAGAAAUAUCUGUGUCCGGCCCUCCCACACAGGCGCAAAUGCGCGUGCUCCGCCCCCUUCUUAAGCUGCAGAAUGGGACUUCGUGGCAGCAUCGUCUGCGGCACGAAGGCUGCGACGUGGAAGAGUGUGAGGCACGUCGGUGCAUUGCCGCGCCACCCUUCUUGAAGGCCUACCGUAUUUCGACAUCUAUUGCGUGUUCCCUGGCGACAUUUUUCUCUCUCGUUGGAGACCCGCUGCAGGCGCACCGCUACGAUGCUUUUCUGGAGACUUCAAUGAUCAUUGACACUAAAAAGGAAGGGGAGGUGGUCUAUGGACGCUGCAGGCGGCUAGCCACGCACUCUUCCCUGCGUGAUUACUGUGUUGUUGUCACCACCGUCCUCCUGCAACCGGACCAGCUAGAGGAACCUGAACAGCUGCUGUCCGUAGACGGGUCCGCGAUGAUGGUAUACAUCCAAAAUGCCAUUCAGUGCAACUACCGCCCCCACUGCGCGGGCUACGAACGGCAGGUUGUAUACGCCUUUGGGUACAUUGCCACAAACACGGCCGAGGACAAUCGAGUGCGGGCGCAGCAUAUAGUCUGCAUUGACACCGUGGACAACACGAAUCACAGACUGGAGCUGGCGAUGGUGCAGGAGCACAUUACCCGAAUGGCGUGGGUGCGUCAGGUCUGUGAAGACGCCAAGGACAAAGCUACCGCUAUUUACCCCUCUCUAGCCUCCUUCGCGUCUGCGGACGAAGGGAAUAAUACUGCCAGUAAAGCGGCAAAUGGGGAGGAGGAGGAGGAAUUAGAAGAAGCAGCGGCAGCAAUGUCGUUUAUUGAAGUAGCAACCAUUGAGGAUGUCAACUCCAUUGUUUACACCCACGACAGUGAGAGCUGCGUUACCCAACAGGCUCCUUUGGACGGGUCAUUUGAGGAGCUUGAAGGGAUAUUUGCGGCACACUCCAGUGGGGUGAGAACUCCCUCCCAACAUGCAUCGCCUCUGCAUCAUUGCCAGACACCUGCAGCGACGGCGCACAGCCCCCACCCAAGGGAUACGGCAGACCGGACCUCUUGGGCAACGCCAAUAGCCGCUAGGAAGCAGGAGGAAGUAGCAAUAAACAAGCACCCCGUCGUGCUAAAAAACACUCUGCACCUACCAAUGACACCACCGCGAGACUUUCUUCAGGUGGAAAUACGCUCCUGUCGCAAUAUGCUGAGGUUGGGCAGAACAAAACAUUGUGUGUUAUUUUUUCGUCUGCGCACGUCGGCCGCGUCUGCGCAGACGGCACGGGUUGCAUUGAAGGAGAGCUCUUUCUUUUAUAAGGAGCGCUUGCUCUUUGAAGGACCACAAGGGGACUGGCUGACGGUGAUAGCCGUGGUGCGGACGGCCUCUGGACGCAUGAAACGUCUUGGGAAGGCUAUUCUUUCGCUGCGGAACAUACGGGAGUCGGAGCCACACACACGGUGGGUGCAUUUAGUGGGGGAUUCUGGCACUAGUGGCGCCUCGGUGCGUGGGGAAGUGUGUAUCACUCUGCGUGGCGGUGGAUUGAACGCGCGGGCGACAGUAGCGCCGUUGUCGGUGGUGGCAGAGAAAUCAUUGCGGAGACGCAUUCGCCACUUUUUGAUGUCUUCUGGACGACGGCACCUGCAUCGUCUCGAGUGGCUUGUUGGUCGCUGCUGGGGGAAGACCCCGGCUGAGGUGGACGCCGUACUGGCAAAGUACCAGACAGGGAAGCGCCAGAACAACAAGGUCGUGCUCACCGUGUUUGAUGUGCAGGGGCUGAGGACAGAGCAGGGAGUGCCCCUGCUCAGUGGCCCGGCAUGUCAAGUGUGGGUGGAGACCAGAAGCGUGCGUCACUGCUCGCGGACGGUGCCGCUGCAGCAAGUGGCUGUUUUCAAGGAAGCCUUUCAGCUCAUAGUCGACGCGGCGGAGGCUAUUCGUGUGACGGUGGCCGUUGGGGGGACCAUUGUGGGGAAGGUGCUCCUCUCCCCUAACCCACCGAAGGUUGGGGGAGUGCGCGUGCAUACGCUUUUUGCGGCGGCUGGGACGAUUCGGGCGGUGCCCAGCGGCGUCAUCACCGUCGCGCUGCACGGCGAUGUGAGUCACUUGGGCGGUCACAACGCCUCUGGCGACCUCUUGGAAGAAGCAGCCCGCAUCUCGCGUCUUCGGCUGCUGCUUUGGAAGCACGCCCGUAAUAUUUUGCACAGGCUGGACGUGAUUGCCGCCUCGCUCCACGAUUUGGAGCACUAUGCAAGCACCAUUGGUCCAUGUCCUCCACUCUGCGAUGUUCGCGUCUCCGUGAAGUGGUGGGAGCCGUCUGUUCCCGCGUGGGACAGCCCCGCUACGGCCGCGGCCGUCGCCGAAGACGACGAGGGGGAGAGGGAAGGGGCCCAAUUGGCGCAUUAUCGCAGUAUUUCCAAACGCGGCGCAGUCUACGCCGUGAUUCAUGCAGGGUUGCAUUAUUACAAAAGCGGCCUUGUGCGUGUUCGAGACAAUGGCACGGCCCAGUUUGAUGACCCUGUCACCUUUCACGGCGUUCUCCCUGAACUAGACGAGGUGGCUGUCUCCAUCGUUGGGAAAGGAACUUCUGGAGCCUGCGAAACUGAUUUGGGUCUGGCCGUCCUCCCGCUUCGCGCCUUAGUGCGGCGGCAGACACUCUUGCUUACGCUGCCGCUUGUGCGGCAUGCUGGCACGGCGGAUGCGCAUUUUAAGGGGUCCGUGCAGGUGGAACUUUUUGCGGUGAAUUUCAGUGGAACCUCCAUCGCAGGCAGGGUGCCCGCCUCUGCUCGCUCGCAGCUUCGACGGUUGCUUUACCGGUAUGCCCCGCAUCAGAUGCACCGCGUGGAAUGUCUUCUCUUAGAUCACGCGGGACGUGAGGAGGAAUUUGUGCAUGCGUUGCUGGAAAAGUACGGACCGGAUGCGUACCCAUCACUUAUGGAAAUACAUCUUAUUGGACUUUGCAACUUUGCACCGGCCUGCGCCUGCUACGUGAAGGUGUACCUGAAUGGGGAGUCCGUGCUGCGUUCGUCGCAGCAGUCAGGCGCGGAAAACAUUACAUUUGCCCCAUCCGACGCAAAGAAUACCGCCGUAGUGACACUUGACGAUCCACAGCACGCGCGGCUGCGAUUUAAAGUGGCGCAGUCCCGCUACCUCCAAUCCGCCACUGUCUCCUUCGCCGAGAUGAGUCUGAGGAGCAUGGUUGCGGGGUGCCUUAACGAGUGCUGGCUUCCGCUGUUCGACAGCCACGGUGCGGAAAUUGGACGUCUUGGGGUGGCGCUAAAGUGCAAUGGGUUUAUCUCUCGCGAAGCGGCGCCAGUGAAGUUGGAGGUGGCUGAGAAGGACGCUGUUUCUCUGCUCCGCAAGUACAAACGCGAGGCCCUGCCGUUUCUUCAGCCGCUUAUGGCAGAGGCCGGAGGUGCGGCGACGGUGCAUGCGGAGCUGCGCCGCCGUGUCGCCCCGAGGCCCAUCGCUGCCACGGUGUAUGUGUGUGUUGAGGCCCUCUCUCUGACGGAGCCCGGCGUCUUGCAUGAUCCGCGCCGUCGCGUACAACAACAACAGCAGCAGCAGCAGGCACUAAGGACACCGCCGCCACGGGAAAAUGAAGGCAACGAGUACACAGUGAGUGCCAGCUGUGACCGCGAGGAAGUGAGUCUGAUUUGGUCCGAGCAGUUGCACGGAUCCGGUGUGGAUAUUCGUCUGGAUAUUCCCGAGUUUGGCAGGUAUGAGGACCACCGCCUCACCCUCGCUGUAAGGCGGCACGCUCGAGAGGCACGAUCCCUGUCCCGCAGUGGAAGUAAGCUGCGCGCAAACUCGCGCGGUAGCCGCAACAACUCCCCUCGACAAACGACACCCCAGCAACUGCUGCCGUCGAUCGAGCUGGGCCGCGUGGUGGUCUCGCUUAGGGCACUGCUCACCCGCAGCCUGUAUGACGUGGCGGAGCGUGUCACACUUCCCCUGGUCUCCUUUACACAAAGUCCAGCUGCGAUGCGGACACUGCAGCAACAACUGCGGCCAUCGGCGGCGUUGCCGUCUCCGUGUAGUGUAGUUGGUAGCGUCAGCUUUCGCGUCCGUCUCCCUGCGUUUGAGCACGUUCCGCCAUGGCUGCGGCUGCACGAUUCUGAGAUGGGGAGACAUUCAGCGAUCAACCGGGCAUGCAUUCGGCACUAUGAGGAGCAAAUUCGUGAUAUAUUGGCGAGACACGAGCCGCAGAAGUUGCUCGACCUUCACUACACGCUUUACGAACGUGAUGUGGCGCAAGGGCAGUGGAGUCUUUCGCUGCGCGACUGGAAACGUGUGCUGUUGCGGCGGCUGGGUGUCGCUGAGGGCACACCAGAUGUUUCCUCGUCCUCACCACGUGUAAAAAGCCGCCAGAAGGACGCCAGUGGGCGGGAGUCGGCGGAAGAGAGGCGAGAUUCCAAGAGGCGCAAUGGUGGCGUGGCAUUGUCUGAAUCGACGGAGGAAGUUGGGCAGAAUACGCGCGUGAAUCGCAUACUUUUUCCAGACGGAGAUGCAUCCACCCCUUUGUAG